AUGGCCGACUCACACGCAGCGCUCAAGCUAUCGAAGGAUAUCCAGUGCUCAUACCCGGAACGUCGCAAACGGAACUCUCAGCGUGCACCGAGCGUCAUCAGGUCACAGAGGUCAGAGGUUACCUUGAUCCAGUCAAGCCUCGUCUCCAACAAGAUCUCUGGGGCCGACAGCGAACAAUACCUCCACCACGAAGAAUUCCCCGCGGCGUUCUUCCUCGCGCCGGAGGUCUUUCGUGCUGCACACCUGGAGCUCCCUCGACCGAGAGUACCUGUUCUACCGUUUGUCGCCGAGCAGCUGGGUGACCUCGAGAGCAUCCGCGAGAUCGCAAGGGAGUACUUCCACCUCGUGCACCCAUGGGUCCCCAUCGUCUCGAAAAGGCGCUUCUAUCAACAGCUCCUCAACCCGCUUUCGCAGCGCCGAGGGGAGCUGUACAUGCUGGCUGUGGCCAUGAAGCUGGCUUCCACACCGGCAACCGAGCUCGAUCAGAACCUUUACCAUGCCGCAAAGCAGUUCCUGUCGGCCUUCGACGUGGCCGGCAUUCUCUCGAUCCAUGUCCUUCACGCCGCGCUGCUGAUCUCCAUCUACGAGCUGGGACAGGCCAUCUACCCUACCGCAUAUUUCUCUGUGGGCUGCUGCGUGCGAUACGCGACAGCUCUGGCGAUCGACAAGGAUACGAGGGUUACGCCAAAUGGUAUGUUGGCAGAUGAGCUGGAGGAGAGAAGACGGACGUGGUGGGCCAUCCUCAUCCUCGAUCGAUUCAUUCUCAUGAGCGACCCGUCUGGCGCAAUGGUGACUGAAGACCCAGACGAGGAGACGUUCCUGCCAGUGGAAGACGAAGUGUUCGAGGCUGGGACCAUGACCGUGGCGAGCGCCAUCCGCGUGCGCGAUAACCCAGGGGCCCUGAAGGGAAGGUUCGGGCGUUUGGCCCAGGCUGUUCACCUGCUCAGCAGGACCCUGAGACACCUCCGGCGGAACCCGAGUACAGAUCCCCUCUGCCGCGAAGAGGAGACGCAAAUACGGCGGACGCUCUUUGCACUCUUGCAUCUCACCAGCGGCGAGACGGAGCUGAGAAAGAUGGAGCUGUGUGACCAGUCUGCCAUGUGCUACAGCUCGAUCCUCCUUCUUGAGAGGUUUGCUCGCCGGCGUCUUGCACUCUACGGCGAUGUCUGUGGCGACGAGACUCGUUCGUUCUCGCACGAGACCCGCGUAGUUUUGGACGCGGCCUCGAAGACGGUGGGUCGCAUCCUGCAGCUCGAGUCGACGGCCGACGGGAAGGACAUCAUAAACUCCAUGUCCAUCUUUGCGGUCCAUUCUGCGUACCACUCUGCCCUGACAUAUGUGACGUACCGUGCCGAUAUGCGCAGCGCGGAAUUCGACAGGAACCUGACGGAAUGGCGACACUUCUUGCAGCUGUGUAGCAAGAGAUGGCGAGUUGCCAGGUACGGCCCGCGCAGAGCCCCGCCUCCGGUGAUGCCCACCGACGAGGUCGCGCCCACCCAUCUCUUUGACGACACGGCCACUCUACGACAGUACAACCUUCUAUGGACCUUUCGCUUUGACGAUGUUCUCGAUCCGGAUGUACUCGGUAGCUCGCUAUCGGAACUAUUCCAGAUGGAGGGCUGGCGGAAACUUGGUGGAAGGCUUCGCCUCAAGGCCAAUGGGAAAGCUGAAAUUCACAUUCCCACUCCUUUCACGACGGACCGGCCUCCUCUGCAUUUCACAAAGGAGCAUCACGCAAUGGGGAUAGCGGAGCACCCAGAGGCUUCCAAGCUGCCUAGGGCAGGCCUCAAACCAGCCACCUUCCCUGCGGCUCGCCAGUUUAGCAGCCUGGCCUUUGGGCCUGGCGCACCACGGCACAUCGACGACUACUUUUACUCUGACCUGCCGCUCUUCUCCCUCCACGUUGUGACUUUUGAGGAUGGCACACUGGUGUCGAUCAACCACAGCCACGCCGUUACCGACCUCGGCGGCUUGAUCAACAUUCUCGAUGCCUGGCAGAUGGUCCUAGCGGGGAAGAAGGCAGAGGUGCCGCAGUUCAUGGGCUUUCACGACGACCCCAUGGCCGAACUCUACAAGUCGGAACCGAAGGAAGAGUACUUGUUGCUGGAGAGAAAGCUGACAGGGUUCGGCCUCAUCAAGUUCGGACUACGGCUCUUGCUCAGCUCUUGGUGGUAUCCGAAGCCUGAGUUGCGACAGAUCUGCAUCCCCAAGCAGACAAUGGACAACUUCCUCCGGGAAGCCAGGAAGCAACUGCCCACCGUCGUCGACGGCAGCGGUUCGUCUAGGAACGACACCUUCAUCAGCGAAGGAGACCUGGUCGUCGCGCUAGUGAACCGGACGAUGGCCCAGACACUCCCGGCAACCUCCAAUCGCAACAUGACGACGCUGCUCGCCGUCGAUCCUCGCACCCGAGUCAGCUCUGUCUUCCGCAAAGACGCCGCGUACGUCGGCAACUCGCCCUCGGCCGUGUUCGUUUUCGGCAGUAGUCAGAAGGCACUGGACAUGCCGAUUGGCGAGCUGGCGCUCGAGUGCCGCAAGGCCAUCGCCGCCCAGUGCACUGAGGAGCAGAUGAAGGCGAUUGCCGUGCUUGCGCGCGACGACAUGGUCAAGACAGGCCACAUACCCAUGUUCGGACCGAGCGACAGCCUCCUGCUCGUCGUGUCGAAUUGGAGCAAGGCCCGGUUCUUUGACAACCUCGACCUUAGUCCUGCCAUCGUCAAAGCCGCGGAUGCAGGAAAGACUGGGAGAGGAAAGCCGGGCCGUCCUGUGUUCUUCCAUUCCGGGGCUCUCGAGACGGUAGACUUUGCGUCGAGUCUGACCACCGUCGUCGGGAGAGAUCUCGAUGGGAACUUUUGGCUCACGGCGGGCUUUCCAUCUGCCGCUUGGCCUGGCUUGAUGGAUUACCUAGAGUCGUUCUCGUGA